UUUUUGCGAUAUUUCCGUGCGAGCGUAGAAUGCGUCACCCACAACAAAAUUAGUUGUUUUGGAAGUAGACACUACACAGAGAAUUGCGUAACUUUUUACUUUUUCUAGUGUUUUCAACUGGUAUGUAAUACCUGAAACAAUGCAACUGUGUAAUUAUCGCGCCAAUCGUCAAAUAGUCAUUCAACUUAACAUGCCGAAAUGUUGAUGCGUCAAUAAUAUAUUCAAUAAUACAGCUGUUCUAGUUGAGUUCGUACCGAGUGUCAAAUUAAUCCACACGUUUAGUGAAGAGGCUAGCGCCACAGACUCCGCUACCGCUCCGUCAAUGAUCAAUGUAUACAUAGAAAUACAACUGACAACAAAAUACUUACAUAUUGGUCACAUUACUGUCAUAUAUUCUUGCAAUUUACCAAUUCAAUGCAAUUCGACGUCUUAAUCGUAACCAUUAUUAUGUCACAAUCAGUCCUUGAUAUUAAUUUAUCUCAAUCCACUUGAGUCGAUCGUCAAUACAUUCAUCCAGCGUGAACAGAGUCAAUUGAGAUCUUGAGAAUGAAGCAUGCAAAUAUCGACAUUUUGCAAGUUGAAAAUCAGAAGAGUGAGGUGAAGAUUAAACAUGCCACUACAUACCUGGAGACAAUCAUUCAUUUAUUUAAAGUGGGUAUUGGUGCUGGUAUAUUUGCAAUGCCAGAAGCAGUGAAAAAUGUGGGAUAUGUAGUGGGGUCGAUUUUUACAGUCAUGCUGUCGCUUGUCUUGUUAUACGAACAACACAUACUACUGCAGUGUGCAGCUGAUGCACGCAGUUAUUUUGGCUUAACAAUACGGACUGAUUAUGGAGAAACGUUCCAGUUGGCACUCUUAGCCAACGAUAAAUGGAAGAAGCAAGCGGGAUUAAUGAAAAUCAUAACAAAUUUGUUUCUGGUUUUAACGCAACUCGGCACGUGUGCAGUUUAUUUUGUUUUCGUUGGUAACACAAUGAAGAGUGUAGUCAGUUAUUUUGGAUAUGAAUUUGAAGUUAGAGUGUUAAUCAGCAUGGCACUUAUUCCGAUUUUACUCUCAUCUUUGAUAACCAAUUUAAAGUUUUUAGCCCCGUGCUCGGCUCUAGCUGGAAUAUUCAUGAUCAUUGGAAUGUCAAUUUCAUAUUAUUUCAUCACAAUUGAUUUACCGCCACUCACGGACAGGAAUAUGGCAACAAUUUCAAUCGACACAUUGCCGCUGUUUUUCGGCACUGUAAUUUAUGUGUUCGAAGGAAUCGGAGUUAUUUUGCCAUUACAGAAUGAAAUGAAAGAACCGAAAAACUUCUCAAGGCCAUUAGGAGUUCUAAACAUUGGAGUUUUGAUUCUAACGGUUCUUGUUAUAUGUUUCGGUGUCAUGGGAUACUGGAAAUAUGGGGAAGAUGUUGCCGCAAGUCUGACAGCCAACUUUCCCACUGAUGACAUCCUUGCUCAAUCGUUAAAUAUUCUCAUAUCUAUUGGCAUUGCACUCGGCUACGCUAUACUGUUUUAUGUUCCAAUUAAAAUUUUAUUUCCAUUGCUACAGCAAAGGAUUAAGAUAGCGGAAACGCAUCCAUUAGUUGGUGAAAUGAUUUUUAGAGUAUUUGGAGUGCUUUUUACAUUUGGUGUGGCUAUGUUCAUACCGAAUGUCGGACUGUUGAUCAGUAUCAUUGGUGCAAUUUGUUCGAAUAGUUUGGCACUGGUUUUUCCGGUAUUCAUUGAAUAUCUAGUCAAGACAAGAGGAGACAGUCGGAUGUCUACAUUUGAUUCAAUCAAAAAUGUGUUGUUAUUGGUACUAGCUCUAUGUGGAUUUCUCAGUGGUGGUUACGAGGGUGUACUUGGUGUUAUAGAAUUGUAUAAAUAAUUUUCGAAUAAAUUUGUAUUC